AGAGGAAAUUGAGCAAUUGGAACAAAACUAAAUACUAGUGUAGUGAGGAGAUGAUCAACGGCAAGAAUCCACCGGAUGUCGGAAUUCAGCUGCCGGAGUCAAAGAUGGGGAUGGAUACUGUCACGGAUAGUCCACUGGACGGAAAUGUUAACGGGAAAGCUGAAGUGAUGCAAGUAGUCCUACGGGCAUUGUGUCUUGUGACUUCAGUCACAGCUCUAUCACUUAUGGUGACUGCCCAACAAGCUUCUACCAUCACUGUCUUGGGAUUUAAUAUACCCUUGCACUCCAAGUGGUCCUUCUCUCAUUCCUUCGAGUACCUGGUUGGCAUCUCAGCUGCUGUUGCACUUCAUUUAAUACUUCAGCUACUUAUCAGUGGAUCAAGACUUGUACGAGGAUCACCUACUAUUUCUUCGCGAAAUCACGGAUGGCUUAUUUUUGCUGGAGAUGAGGUAUUUGCAUUGGCGCUGAUGAGUGCUGGAUCGUCUGCAUCAAGUGUUUCCAGUUUGAAUCACUCAGGGAUUCGACAUACAGCUCUGCCAAAUUUCUGCAAACCCCUGCAUCAUUUUUGUGACCGUGUAUCCACUUCAAUAGUCUUCACUUUUUUCAGCUGCUUUCUGCUUGCCAUUUUAGUUGUUCUUGAUGUACUUUGGCUGUCGUCUAAGCACUAGACUUAUUUGCUUUACUUAA